GUUGAGCAUUCUUGGUAAGCUCGCGCUCGGGGAACAGGCUGCCGACUGACGGUAAAAACCAAGGGUCGUUUUCUUCAUGUCAGGGGAGUUGCGUUAACGGAGUAGCUGAGACACCGGAGCAACUUCGGACCUUAGAGGCCGUUAUCAUCGUGGGAGAGGAGGAGACGGAUGAGCUGAUAGUGCACAAGGAGAAAAUGGCUUAACAACGGAGGAGGGAGAGGCUACGGGCAAAGCCUGAAAGAGAGAUUAAAAUACUGAGCGUUCUCUGCCCACACAGUCACGCCAGACCUCGCCUCGCCUGCUUCACCAGCACAGCUGACAACAGACAAGAAUACUGGAAAUAACCCAGCCAGGGGAAGAGGAGCGGCCUUUAUUCAGACCAGUCCCACUAUGCACCGUUGAAAUCUUUUCUACCUUCUAGUUAAAAGCGAUGUGCUUGGAUGCUGGAAGCCACAACACCAUUAGAAGAGUGUGUGUGGGGCCCUUCCGUUCCCUUUUCCCUAGCAACCCUUCCUAAGAUGGGAUGCCUGCAGACUGCCCCCCUGCCCUGAGCUCUCCUGGGGUGUCAUGAACAGUUACAAAGACAGAGGGGUAACUUGCACCUCCUCAGACCUUCUAGAUGGAGGUGGAGGUUUGCCCCAACACACACCGUUUCGUCACACCCCUAAUGGCCUCCCAGCUCCCAGCCCAGCAGACCCAACAAUCCAACCACGCAUUUCCAUGCCCAAAAUGGGUGUUCGUGCACGGAUUGCUGAAUGGCCUCCACGUCGUGCGCAGUCCCGGGAGUCGCUGCUUGAAAAUGGGCAAAAUGGUAGCAAUCACUACGACGACUGCUCCAUUUCAUCUCCAAUUCUUUCCUCUGAUGUCAAGUUGGUGCGGGGAGGUGUCGCCAGGUUGCCCCGAAGACGGUCGAAGGAUGUGGAGUUCAGAGGUUCACCGCUCAUCUUCAGAGUGUUCCCACCUUUGAGACAGCGCUCCAACAGUGAAGUGACGCUGAGUGAACAAGAUGAAAAUGAGGUUGAAGCCCAUGGAGGUGGUGGGAUGGGGAACCGGUUCAGAGAGUAUGGCAGCACCUCUUCAAUUGACAUCCAGAGCAUUCCUGAGCAGUGUAUCGUUGACAUGCUCAGCCAGUUACACCAGGAGAGACCUGACCAGCGCAGCUCAGCACCCGUACAGAUAGGGGAGCUGCUGCACCCCCAAGACUUGUCGCUUAGGGCAUCUCUACCCUCUGCUCCUUCACCAGGUCCCACAUAUGGAGAUGACCCAGGAACGGGAAGGAGGGAUGGUACUGAGAGAGUCAGAAAGAAAAGUGGAGGAACAGAGUCAUCAUUGGGGACCUCUUCUUUGUUACGAAAAUGUCGAAGCUCUAGUAGAGGGGAGCUGGAUGGUGGAAAAGGAGAGACUAAUGAAGAUCGGGGAGGGAAAGGUUUCACAGAUGCCUCCUACAAACCGUGGGUUUGUCCCAAGAGCUUUGUCCAUUUUGACGCUCAGAGCAUCCUGUUUGACCUCCAUGAGGCAGCAGCUCAGCGGGGCUUCGUCACCCAGAGGAGGAACACCGCCACAGGUGCAUCAGCUGCUUCAGUGUCCCUCUCCAGCAAAUCUUCUGCUCCAAACUUAAAUGAUCCCAUUUACUCCAGCAUUGAGGAUCUGACCUUGAACCUUGAUCAGGGCACCCCAACACCCUCUCUGGCUAUGGACCCUCUGGAUGGGCCAUCAACCAACAACUCAAGCCCACUGCUCCUCUCCUGCCCUCACUUUGUAAAUGAAAUAGGGGGGAAUUCAGAGCGAAACAUCAGCUUCCUCAGUUCAUCAGUGGAGCGGGGAGGAGAUAGAGAUGGAGGUAGGGGCUGGCUGAGGAAAAGUAACGCCAGCAUGUCGGUGUUGGAAAUACCAAUUGAAGAGCAAGUGAAAAGACUGGAAAAACUGAAACUGUACAGUAUAGAGCAUGUUGACCUGGGGGCCUGCUACUACAGAGACUACUUCCAUGGGAAAGAGCACUCAAACUACUUUGGGACCGAUGGUAAGCUGGGAGCUGUUGCCGUAAGCCUACGCAGGGAGAGAUUGGAAGAUACCAAAGACCUGAAAGACCAGUACCAGUACCGCAUCAUUGUUAGAACAAGUGAGCUCGUGACCCUGCGAGGCUCCAUUUUGGAGGAUGCAGUAGCGUCCAAGGGGAAACACGGUACGGUUAAAGGUCUUCUUCUCAGAGAGGUCCUGGAGCAGGUCGUCCCCGAGUUAAAUGUUUCCUGUUUGAGACAGGCGCUCAGCACUGCCAAAGUCACAGAGCAACUCCUUAAACUGGAUGAGCAAGGGCUGAGUCAAAAGCACAAAGUGGGUGUUCUUCUGUGCCGAGCGGGUCAGAGCACAGAGGAGGAGAUGUACAACAACGAGGAGGCAUCACCUGCCUUCUCUGCCUUCUUGGAGCUGCUGGGGGAGAAGGUGCUUCUCAAAGGAUUCAACAAAUACGCUGCACAGCUCGACACAAAGACUGACUCAACGGGUACCCACUCCCUUUACACGACCUACCAGGGCUACGAGGUUAUGUUCCACGUUUCCACCAUGCUGCCAUACAUGCCCAGCAACCCACAGCAGCUCCUGCGAAAGAGACACAUAGGAAACGACAUUGUCACCAUAAUCUUUCAAGAGCCAGGAGCGCUGCCUUUCACCCCUCAGAAUAUUCGCUCCCAUUUCCAGCACGUCUUUGUUAUUGUUCGUGUGCACAACCCCUGCUCUGACAACUCCUGCUAUAGUGUUGCUGUGACACGGAUGAAGGACGUGCCCCCUUUUGGACCCCCCAUCCCCAACGGCGUUACCUUCCGUGACCCAGAGAUUUUUCGUAACUUCCUCUUAGCCAAAGUCAUCAACGCAGAAAAUGCCGCACACAAGUCAGAGAAAUUCCACACCAUGGCAACACGAACGCGGCAGGAGUAUCUGCGAGACCUGGCUGAGAACUACGUCAGCAGCGUGCCGCUCGACUCGGCCGGAAUAUCCAUCAUCACUUUCCUUGCAUAUAAGAAACGCGAGCGCUCGAAAGCGAGAGAGGGUGCCGAGCUGGGGGCUGCAGGGGCCAUCGCCUGGAGAGUCUUUGCCCAGGACUUCAGUGGAGGAGGUACAGAGCUCUCCUGCGCUUUGGGCAUCUCGGACGAAUACGUGCUCCUCGUAGACUGCUCCACCAAAGAUGUGGUGUUUAACUGUUUCUGCGGAGAUGUUAUCGGCUGGACACCGGAGCGACUGGCGUUAAAGAUCUUCUACGGAAGAGGGGACCAUAUCUCAGUGAGAGUACCAGAUGGCUGUGCGCUGGACAUCAGGGAGAUGGUGCAAAGGUUAAAGUCGCUGACGGUGGGAUGUGAGACGGUGGAUAUGACGCUGAGAAGAAACGGACUGGGACAGCUGGGCUUUCACGUUCGCCUAGAUGGCACUGUAGCUGAGGUGGAGGAGUAUGGCUUCGCCUGGCAGGCAGGACUGAGACAAGGCAGUCGAUUGGUUGAGAUCUGCAAGGUGGCCGCUGUGACGCUGACUCACGAGCAGAUGAUUGACCUGCUGAGGACGUCGGUCACAGUGAAAGUGGUCAUCAUUCCUCCGAUUGAAGAGGGCGGACCGCGCAGGGGGUGCACAGAGGAGUAUGAGAUGAAGACCAUGGAGCAGAAACCUGAGCCCGAGUCUCUGGCAGCAGGAUAUCGACCCUCCCCUCGCCAGACCUGGAGAUGGGAAAGCUCACCCAUUCCUCCAGGGCUCCACAGUGCUCCCAUCCAACAACGCUGGACCCCCGUUGGUGCCCCACCUCCUCCACUGCCCCGCUCACACAAGGCCCUGAUGCCAGCUCCCUACAGAGAACCACAGCACCUCGCCUCCAAGAGGCCAGUGAGUUACCCUGAGAACCACUACAGCUUGUCACCUGCAGGCAUGGCGUACAGCAGAAACCCCUCAGCCAGCUUUUCCUCCCCCUCCUCAGGCCUGGUGGGGCUCGCCACCAUGGGGUCACCUGGAAUGACACCAGGCCCCUUUGUACGCUACAAGCCUUCACCCGACAGAUAUGGAUCAGUACAGCGCCCCCUGCUGCCCUACGAGCCCCACCUCAGUGUGGACCUCAUCUCCAGUGGAGAGUCUUCAUCAGGAUUCACGAGCCAGGACAGCACCAUGGAACGCUGCAAAACAGAACCCCUCUGGCAUGUCCCAGCAUCAUCAUCUCGAGGUCCAAGUGGCGGAGGGGGGCAGAGGAGACUAACCAGACAGGAUAUCCAGGGGAAAGACUCUCCGAACAGACACUCGAAGGGUGAGACUCAGUACUCCAGCCAUUCCAGCAGCAACACUCUGUCCAGUAACGCAUCCAGCGGCCACAGCGACGAGCGCUGGUUCGACGGGGGCCCUGCAGGAGAGCGAGGAGGCGAGCUAGUGGAUCCCAACCCCGACAUUCUCAACAAAGGAGGCUCCAAUGACAGCGGCAUUGACGCCUCCACUCACUACAGCAACGCUCACCAUGGAAACAUGUCCAACAGCCAGUCGCACAAGCUCACACACAGUCCUGCAACCUACAGCGGCAUCCCAGAGCAGUCUGUGGGAAGGAGCAGCGGAGGUGGGGAGGCAAAGAGACGAGAAUCUUCCCCUGUUUUUGCAGCUGCUGCCAGUCAGACCAAAGGAUACCUGACAAAGACGUUCCCACUUCCAGGCUCCAGCACUGAGAAAAAAGAUCCUUUCAAACCGAGGGCGUACACACCACAGGGUUACAAGACUCCGACAGCAGAGAAAGCACGGCCUGUCCGAGCCUCUACAACCACGCCCACUUCAUCUCAGAUGAACUCCGCCCCUUUAUCCAGCUCCGCCCCCAAGGCAUUUUACGGAAAGAGCAAACCAGCUGCCCGACAAACAGAAGACAACACGUCGUCACAUUCGAACACCACCAAAACGUUCACGUCUGACAGCAGCAACAAGAAGCAGGUCGAUUCAAACUCAAAAAACGUUUUUGGACAACCACGGCUCCGAGCAUCACUGAGGGACCUGCGCUCUCCACGUCGGGCAUAUAAGAGUACCAUCGAAGACGACCUGAAGAAGCUGAUCAUCAUGGACGGCCCAGGAGAGUUGUCACAGAGCGAUCCGUCUCCCAGACACACCUUGCAACGCACUUUCUCCGACGAGUCACUGUGCAGCGGGCGCAGAGAUGCCAGCUUUGCUUGCUCAGAGAACCAGAUGACCCACACCGACUUGCUGUUCACCUGCACGCUGCCUACACGCAAACACUCGAGCUCCUCCAACCACACGCAGGGCAAAAAGAUGCCGCUGUCUUCAUCAGAGUUGUCCCUUACAGAAGUGAAAGACAAAGUUCCCCCUCUAAAAAGACUCGAUCCUGGGCUGAUGCCCCUCCCUGACACCGCCUGUGGACUGGAGUGGUCCAGCCUGGUUAAUGCUGCUAAAGCCUACGAAGCACAAAGAGCGGUUUCCCUCAUAUCACUGACUGAGCCGCAGCCAGGAGGUCCAGAAACGAGACCAGUCAUGAGUCCGGUCCAGUUUCAGACUCCUCAGACACCACGGACCACACCAACGUUCAGUGGCGAUGAGGUGCCCAACAACGUGUCCGGUCGGCUCUACCACCUAGAAGUGAUGCUAAAACAACUGAACAAUGAUCUAGAAAGGGAGAAGCAGGAUAAAGUCAUCCUGCUGGCAGAGAUGGCAAACCUGAGAGAGAACAACCAGCGCCUGCAGGAGGAGAGCCAGACGGCCAGCGAGCAGCUGCGCAAGUUCAGCGUGCUCUUCACCAACAUCAAAACUGGAAGCGACCACGAGGCUUGCGCCGUGACACACAGCAGCUCACAGAGGGAGUGAUGGACCAAUGCAGCGAACCGUCAAGUUCAGGCCUGCGAGAAACCCAAAGUUCCCAUGAUUUUUUGCACUCACAGGUGCGGCAGAGGACGCAAUGAUGUCGACCCCUCAGCUCCCACUGAACUGCCUUAAACCAGAGACAGUGACAAAAAAAAAAGAAAAUAACAAAAUGACCAGCUGGAUUUAUAAAAAGCAACACCCCCAGAAAGUCUGGGCAGCGACCCUCCCCGCCCCCUUCUGUUCUCUGAGCCCCGUUUAUUUUUCUAAACUGAAGUGUAGACAUCUCACUGUACUUACGAUGAAUAAGAAUACGUUACUAUGCCACAGGAGCGACCGGGAGAGGAGACCCUGACUGUUUUAACAGAACUCUACAUCACCUGGAGAGGCCUAACACUGUCUGUGCAGCAAACCAGCCAAAACACAAAACAAUUCAAACAAAACACAAAACAAUUCAAACAAAACACAUCUACAGACUGCAUUUCCCAGAAUGCACUACAAGUAACUGAAGGUCUACAGAUGUGGUGCUGUAGACAGAUGCCUGUGUGGUACAAUUCUCAUGCAUCAACAUUAUCACAGUUGUCCUGAAGAGACG